UUCGCCGAUAGCGACUGUAUUGGUGCGGCCUGCAUUUUGAUGAUCUUAGGAGUCAACGCGCAAGCGCGGUAGUUGCUGGCAAGUGGUCGCCCAGCACGCAUAGUAUUGGGUAUCAACAGCCUACCUUUGAGAGAUCUUUGCCCGGCAACGAUCUGUGAGCCUUGUGAAAGUAGUGCAUCCAACCUUCGGGUGCCAGUUGGUGAACAUGAGAUGCUUUGACCCACUUUGAAAUCUUGAUGAAGUAGUCAUAACAUGCCUCCCAAAAGGUCAACCCUCAGUGCCAGUGAAGUUAUGCUGCAGGUGCAAGGCCAGGCCAAACCACGUUCCAGGCAGCUUAAGAAAUUUCAACAUGCUCCUCACACCCCAGAAUUGACAUGCCCCAGAUCAGGUGAUGCUCAUUCAUUGUCUGGUCAGCUAAGUCCUGCAAAGAAAUUGGCAAGACUUAUGCGGGAACGUCCAGGGAGGCAGCCCCAUCCCUUGUCUGUCAAGAGGAAGCCAAGUGAGGAAAAUGGAGGAGUAAACACACAAUUAAAAAGUAAACCACCAAGGCUAGGGAAGGGGGCAAACAAAGGCUCCAUCAACCAAGGAUGUACCAAACAAAAGCAGGCACAUGGUCAAGACACUUCCCAUAUUAGCCAGAACAGUCAUGCUGGUUCAGGAGAACAAUCUUGUAAGAAGCAAUCUAGAAAGAAACACAGCCAGGAGAAACAGCCUGAAAAAGACCACCACAACAUCAGUGGCCUAUCUGAUAAAAGAAAACGUGAGUGCCUGCAGGAAAAAGCAUCUCAUGCAGGACAAACAAAAAAGCAGGUGCGCAAGGCACGCCAUAAGCCAUCUGAGCUGGUGCCAAAAUGCGAUCCCAGCCCAGCUGGAGGGGAUAUUGCCGCAUUGCUUCGACUGGGCGAGGGGCCCAGUGCGGAGGAGGCUGUCGUGUCGGACGACUCGGACUGGGAGGCCGUGGGGAACGCGGCCCACUCCUCCGACCUGGCCACCAAAGGCUUUGUGGAGGUCACCCUGCCUUCUGAGAUGGCCUUGCUGAAAAAGAAGAAGAAGAAAGUGUUUGACGUAGAGGCGCACCUGAAGCGCCAGAUCAGUCGUGUUCGACGUGAGGUUCAGGUGCUCAUUCACAAGACGCACCUGCUCUGCCUGCUGUCACGGAGUUUGCAGAUCAACUCGCUGCUCAACUCAGAGACCAUGCUGGCCUGUGCCAUGUCCAUGCUACCUUCGAAAUAUGCGUACCCCCCGAAGCGCGUGUCCCUGACCUACGUGGAAAAGUUCCUCAAGUGGUUUCGCGAGAAGGUUCCCUUGGAGUCGGCCGCCGACGGUCAGAAGCCCUCGGAAGAUGUGUUCCGCACACUGGAAAGUCGGCUGCGGCUGAAGAAGGCGUCCACCUCGCUGGAGCUGGUGUGCCUGUUCGUGCUGAUACUGCGGGCCAUCGGAGUCGAUUGCCGUCUGGUUAUGUCGCUGCAGCCGUCUCCUCUGAAGCCGGCCCCCGUUUCCGCCGUGUCCGCGACUGCCACGCCGCCCAAGUCUGCACCCAAGGUGAAAAAGGAGCCGAGCGGCAAAACGCCGAAGCGGGACGGCGCUAAGGCGAGCACAGGCACCAGGAAGGCCACCUCAGCAAGCCAGCCGAAGCCGAAGAAAGGCGCGGCGUCGGCGUCAGUUCCAGCAGCGGCCACCAGAGCGGGCUUCGAGCGCAAGGGCAAGCGCCGACCUCGGCUGCCGUCCGAUUCGUCCGAUGACUACGAGCCGGCCGGGCCGUCCUUCCGAGGCGAACGAGACCGGCGUGUGCUGAGCAGCUCCAGCGAGCCGGAGCCGGGCGGCGGCCGGCCGGCGCGCGCCGCCGUCGACCACUGGGCCGAGGUGUACGUCGAGGAGGAGCUGCGCUGGCUCUGCGUUGACGUCACCGGCGGCGGCGGCGUGCACUGCGUCUCUCAGAUCAGGACCAGGUACGCCAACAUCGAAAGAAAGAUGCUGGCAGUAGUGUUUGGCCGUGAGAAGUUCCGGACCUACAUGUUCAGAUGCACCUUCGAGGUCAUAUCAGACCGCAAGCCGCUGGAGAUGAUCCUGCAGAAAAGCAUCUCUUGUGCACCAGCCCAGCUGCAGGGGAUGCUUCUACGCAUCGAAAAUUGUACGCUCACCCUGAAGUACCGCAUGGUCAAGUCCUGCAGCGAGUGCGAGCAUUCUCGAGCCUGA